UAACUUUCAUUCUGGUUUCUUCCAUUCAUCUGGGAAGCCGCAACGAAAGACAACAAAAACAAGUUACAAUUACACAACAUCGCAAAUUAUCCUUGCAAUACACGAUGAGUCCGAUUAUACCGAACGAAAAUCUAGAUAAAUUCAAGAGAACAGAAUCUGGUAAAGGGCCCCACGGAUUAGGAGAUCCUGACGAUUUAUCCUUAAGAAAAGUUGAGCAGCAAGUCCUCAUUCCCAAAAUUAUGAGAGAGCGAGCCAAAACCGAGAAGUGCGUUGCUGAAGUCAAAGCAUUUACGGAGUGCUGCAGUAAUUCGAGCCUGGCAAUGGUUUUCUCCUGUAGGAAAGAAAAUACAGCUCUUCGUAGCUGUAUGGAGAGGUGGUAUGCAGACGAAGAGUUCAAGCAACAAUGUACAAAAAUAUUUCUCGAUGAACGAAGUGAAUUCCGUCGAACGGGUUUAGAAAAAAAGUAUAGAACACAGAAAAUGUAAGCGAGCACGUUCAAAAGUGUUAGAGUAAUAUUUGUUGAGAAAUAACGCCUUUCAGUUGUUGAUUUGUAUAUUGCUUAAUGCAUUAUAAUGUAUUGUUAAAUAAAAGCCUUUGCCCUCUUAUAGAGUAAAAUGCAGUGCAUUUAUCAAUCGGAGUCAUCUGCACUUGACAAUUCAUCUUGCUUGGAAUGGGCGCCUGACCCUGGUUUCAGUGCCGCUCUCUUAAAAAGUCUUGUUGAAAUACUUACCCCUGAGAACCAGUCUAAUGUUUCAAUUGAAAACUCGUCGGCCCACGAAACUCUGCAAAUCACAAUUUCCUUUAAAAAAAAUUGUAAUUUUUUUACUUAUAGUUCAAUAAAAAAUUACUUUGCUUGUAGCCUCAGCAACUCUAUUUAAAGUGAGCAAUCUUUGCCACGAAAGCUUCUCAACGUCGCUUUCGACCAGGAC